UUCACGAGAUCAUUGAGAGAGAGGGUUUUAGUCAGCUAGAAAUCUUCUGACAGAACGCAGGGGAUUCUUCUGCUUGAGACCCUCAGCUUCUCCUGUUUAUCAUAUAUUGAGAGAUCAGAUUGUGUUUUGGUGUUUUUUUGGUUUAUCGAGGAGGAAGUAAAGAUGGCAGUGACGAGCAUUCUCCAUUUGGCAUUCACAUUUGGCAUUCUAGGAAACAUUAUUUCAACCAUGGUGUUCUUGGCUCCAGUGCCAACAUUUAUCCGAAUUUUCAAAAAAAAAUCAACAGAAGAUUUCCAAUCGUUGCCUUAUCUCAUGGCAUUGUUCAGUUCUAUGCUUUGGCUCUACUAUGCAAUGCUUAAAAAAGAUACAAUUCUUCUUGUCACGAUCAACUCAUUUGGAUGUCUCAUAGAGACUACUUACAUUGCCAUCUAUAUUGUUUAUGCAACAAGAGAGAGCAGGGUCUCAACAAUCAAACUACUUAUUUCUAUGAACAUGGGGUUGUUCUCUUUGAUCCUUCUCCUUGCACAUUUUCUAGUGAGCGGCUCAGUACGUGUUAAGGUUCUUGGUUGGCUUUGUGUUGCCUUGUCUGUGUGCGUCUUUGCAGCACCUUUAAACAUCCUGAAACAAGUAAUUCGAACAAAGAGCGUGGAGUUUAUGCCGUUCACCCUGUCAUUUUUCCUUACUUUGAGCGCGGUCAUGUGGUUUGCCUAUGGCCUUUUACUCAAGGACUUGUGUGUCGCUCUUCCGAACAUCUUGGGCUUCAUCUUGGGGUUACUUCAGAUGGUGCUAUAUGGGAUCUACAGGAAUGCACAGAAAGUUGAAGAGAAAAAGAAGCUGCCAGCUUUAAAGAGUAUUGUCAUAUUAAGCGCGGUAGGGGGCCCUGGAAUUUAUCCGGUUGACGCAGAACCUGACGUGAAUGGAGGUGCUGAGGAGCAUGACCAGACAGAGGAGUCUAAGGAGGAUGAGAAAAGCAUGGAAGCUUCACAGGACAAGCUCCAAUCAAAUGAAUGUGCAGUUUGAUUUACAUGUAUUUAUUUAUUAUAACCUUCUUACAAACUUCCUCCCUAAUGAUCAUACGAUGUCUUGCCAUCGAUCCCCUACCAGUAAGUAGCAUUAAUUUCAUGUUGUACACUCUGUAUAAGCGGGAUGUGUCCGCUUCUCUCAUGUUAUAAGGGAUGUAUAAAUCAAAAGCUUCCCGCUUCUCCCCUGUAUAUGCGGGAAGACUUCUAUAUGUUAAUUUUGUAUGUUUUUAUCUUCCACAUCAAUA